AACGUAACUUCCUCUUUCCUUUUUCGUAUGAUCGCCACUUUGCUGUUCGCGUUCUCGACGAUAGCCGACUUCAUAAUGGCGGAACCACGUGAAAGAACUUUCCUCAUGAUCAAGCCUGAUGGCGUUCAACGUGGAAUCGUCGGCACCAUUAUUGAGCGCUUUGAGAAGAAGGGCUUCAAGUUGGUGGGCCUCAAAUUCAUGUGGCCGUCCGAAGAACUACUCCAGAAGCACUACAGCGACUUGGCGUCCCGGCCUUUCUUCCCCGGACUAGUGAAAUACAUGAGCUCAGGCCCAGUUGUACCCAUGGUUUGGGAAGGACUAAAUGCUGUGAAAACUGGACGUCAAAUGCUCGGCGCUACUAACCCAGCUGAUUCUCUACCCGGCACGAUUCGUGGUGAUCUCUGCAUCGAAGUUGGACGUAACAUCAUUCACGGCUCCGACAGUGUUGAAUCGGCUAAGAAAGAAAUUGCCCUCUGGUUUUCCGAAAAAGAAAUCGUCGGAUGGACCCCAGCUGCCGAGAAAUGGGUUUACGAAUAAACUAUAAUUCCUAAGUUUAAUAUUCCAAUCGCUAACCUAAAAUUCCACGGUGUUGAGGUUAGGUGUUUUUUUAAGUUAUGCAUUAAUUUACAAAUAAACUUACAAAAUAAUA